CCCGUCGUGACCGACGACGCAUCUUCUGGUCCCAACCUACACUUUCCAACUGCUCCGCGCCUAGCCAACCUUCCCUUUCCUUGCUCCUGUUCCUACUGGGACUGCUUCACUCCUAUGUACCUUAAAAUAUCAGUUCUCUACAACUUAUCACGAGAUCCUAUGCGAUCACAUCCACCAAUCUGAAAGUUCCAAGUCCUCCCCCCCCCCAUCCAAAAGCGUGGGGGAAUCUGCCCACAGAACACCAUGGAUACCAUCGGCUCAGGCGGCGACGCUGACCGCAUUGGCACUAACACUGACAAAGCACCAUCUAAUAUAAUCAGUCGACCCAACCCUGCGACUGAUACAUCUUCCGCGCGACAGCAAGAACCCGAUGAUACAAACCUUUCUCUGCCCCCUUUGCCCGAUAAUGACGACAGUAGCCUACUCCUGUCGAGCGAGGAUGGCGAUCACGAUCGUGCCGAGGAUCAGACCUUUCUCCAGGAAAAUGAAAUGCGGAAACGACUGAUGGACAUGGAGUCAAGUUUUUUACCUGACCCUUCGACCAUUCAAGCCACAGCAACAAAUCGAACCGUCGGUGCUGAUGAUACAUCAAUGGUUGAGGCGCAUCGCGGCAGUGGCCCUGGUCCUUCCGGUCCGGAAAAUUCUCAGCUAUCCUUUCUGGUACCGGUUGAGUCAAAUGUUGACAUUACAUCGGUCGGCGACGAGGUUCCGAUUCCGCAAACCCCUAGCCCGCGUCCUAGCCCGCGUCCGGAAGAGGCUGACGAUGAAGGCAUGGAUGCCACAUCCGCGGCUUCGUCCGAGCAGCACGCCGACAAUAUUACGACCCAAAUUGAGGGGACAUACUCGUCGCCAUCGACGGCGGCAGCUCUUAGGACAGCCAACAGGAAUCCGACCGCCUCUCCGGAAGAUCCUCGAGAUGCCAACCAAAUCUCUAUAGGCAUCAUUCAAAGAGAGCACUUCUCCACACCCGAGCCCAACCAGUUGCUACAGUCCAUAGGGCAGAACUCUCGCAGCGAGCCGCGCAACUUAUCACCUGGGCCGUCGAGGUUCUUCCAAGAGAACAGCGGCGGGAACGCAGAAGCGAUCUCGCGCGCAAGCAGUCGCAGAAGUAGUAGGCCAAAGUAUCUGGCCAGCCGCCAGUCGGCACAUCGGCUUUCAUACUCAUCGGUAACAAGCACCGGCACAGAGAUAACAAAUAGCGAUGCGACAUUGGGUGCUGAUUAUGCCCUUCAAUCGGGCGGUGCAGCACCUGGCAUGACGAGUAGCAUCCAAGCCGGACAGCGCAACACUCUAGCCCGAUCGGUGAGCUUGGGCAGCAUGGCUUCAGGCAUUUCUGGUUACAGCGACGAUAACGUCUUUGACCGUAAAGGACCCAGUGGAACUAUAGAAGGGGGUCUCCACACUCUCAACGAGGAAGACGGGCCCUCAAGGUCGCGCCCAGGAUCAUCUUCCCAACACCAUCACACCCAUCAGCCCGGAAAUCAUGUAUCUGAGCAAUCAAGUGCCCAGGAAGCUGCAGGGCCAAUAACACCGAAGGCUAAACAUCGCAAUAACAGCUUCCCCACGGAUACAGCUAUCGCCGAACGCAUCAAAGAUGUUCAGAUCCCAAGCACAUUCGUCAAGCAAUUUAGGGAGGAUUAUGGCAGCCGUGCACUGUCCCCAGACAAACGUACAAGCACCACUCCCGGCUUUACAAAGAGUGGUCGUACCAUGACCCUCAAGGAGCAAAGUAGUACCAUCGACCGUCUCUCGAAAGAGAAUUUUGAUCUGAAGAUGAGAAUCCACUUUUUGAAUGAAGCCUUGAACCGGCGCUCUGAGGAAGGUAUCAAAGAGAUGAUUUCCGAGAAUGUCGAGCUUAAAUCAGAUAAGUUGAAAUUACAAAAAGACAGCCAGAACCUGAAGCGGAAAGUCCGUGAGCUUGAAAAACAGCUAAAGGAUCAGCAAUCAGACAAAGAACCUAUGGUUAAUCACGACCCUGACGGCUCCGAAGAUGAAGACCGAGAUGCAGCACAGGACGAAGAGAUAAUAUUCCUGAGGGAACGAAUAGAAACCUAUGAGCUAGAGAUUGAGAGGUUCAGGUCAGAAAGUAUCGUGCGUGAGAGCGAGAAGAGAAGACUUGCUGAGAUGGUGAAAUCACUCAGCGAUGGAAGGAGUGAGGGAAGGCCCAUGGGAUCAGACGUGGGAGCAAGGGAAGAGAGGGAUAUGUGGAAGGACAUGCUCGAGGCCGAGGCCGCAGCACGUGAACAAGCCGAGGAGGAGAACAAGAGAUUACGAGAGGAGGCCUUGCGCCUGAGGACCGAGACGAUGAGCUUCCCACUGACCUCCGCGCGGCCUGGGCAGCGGGACUGGGUUGGAUCGGUGGCCUCAUACUCAGCCGCUUCUGAAAGAGAUUUCGUUCGAAAUGCUAAUACUGGGAGUUCCUCCAGUUCCACACUGGUCAUGGAAUUGGAGCUCCUGAAACAGGAGAAUGCAGAGUUAAGGAAGGAAGUGAGCGCGCAAACCUCGAUGCUUACAUCUCGGAAUCGGGAAAAAGAGCGUCUAUACCAGGAGAUUGAAGAACUAAAAUUAGGCCAGCGCCGCGACGGUAGUCGAUCAGUGGCGGGCGAUAGUAUCUUCGAUCGCUCGGCAUCCCGAGCUCAUGGUAGGCCUUCGUCCCGUGCUAGUGAUGGGACAGGUCAAUCUCCAGGCGACGAAGCAGAGCGAGAAGACUUAGAAGUGCGGAUUGGGGAAUUGCGUGACCAGGUCUCGGCCCUAAAACUCGAUAACCAGGCUAUCAAGCAGAUGACGAAAUCGAGACUCUGACUCAGGAGCGCGAUCAGGCAUUACAGGAACGUGACCAGGCCUUGCAGUUGGCCGAGGAACGCAACGAAGCUUUCCAACAUCUGAGGUCCGAAGCCCAGGAGGAGA